AUGCGUCCCGAAGACACCGCCAUUGGCAGUUUCGGUGCUCCUCGAACCGGCUUCCCUAGUGCUAGCCUUCGAGGCACCAAGGGCACUUUUGACGCGGAUAGGACAAGCAAGGACGGUGACUCACGAGGUGGUCGGUUCGACUUUCGAACGCGAAACGCCGACAAUGACGGCGCUAGUUCCGGGGACCGCUUCCGUGAUGGAAGAAAUCCUGCUUAUCGACGACGCGGCGAGGGAGACCAGGAUAAUGAGGGCUGGAGCACUGUCAAGCCGCGAAAGAGCUUUGGCCCUGAAGGCGCUGAGCGAUUUAACGGCCGUAUGGGUGGCGUUGACCGAUACCGCGAUGACCGUCGCACUCGUGACAGAGAUGAGACUGACAAGCCCAAUGUGAAUCGCCGAACUUACGAUUCGACAUCCAGGGACAAGGAUGCCGCCAAUGACGAAAAUAACGAAGGAAGACCCCGGAACGGCGUUGCUCGGGGCAAGUCCGACACCUGGUUCAAGAAUGAAGCUGCGAAUGAGGGCCUCAGUGCCCGUGAGCGAAUCGAUAGGGCCAAAAGCUGGAGGGACCGCGAUCGCGAGAAUGACGCUCUCGAGGAUCGGUCUUCAAAUAGGACCUACGAUCGCCGCUGGGGCGGGCGCGACCGCGACCAACGCGCCGAAAGAGACCCAGAGUGGAUGGAUGCUCCUGCCGAUGAAAAAGCUGGUGGCCACACGGAAGAGGACUUCAAAAAGUUCCUUGAGAGCAUGAAGGCCCGUGAUGGAGGCGCCUCGAGCAAGCCCGCAGCCCAACCGUCCGAACCGCCAGCGGAAGCCCCCAAGAAGGCUGAAUACACGCCCUCCAUCGAACCUGGCCCCGACAAGUUUUCAUGGCAUUCGCCUCUCCCCUGCUACCGAGACCGCCACUUCAGGGGUUCGGGGCCUCUCAAUGGCGGCCAUCCGCAGCACCCGCAGCAUCUACAACACUCACAGCAUCCGCAGCACCCACAGCACCAACAACACCCCCAGGAAGCUGGCCUACCCGCUCCAGAGGAAGAGAAGGUUGCUUUCCAGCAGCUUCUCAUGAAGCUUCAGAAACAGUCGCUGCAGGUUAGCCCUGCCCCUGCGGCGCCCUCAUCGUUCUCUGAGCCACCUCAUGCUCCGCCUGCGACCAGCUCCGCUGGACCUGAAUUCCCGAUUAGAGCCGCCGCAAAGGCGGCCUCGCCUGAAUCCGCAAACGUUCCUUAUGGGAGCGGCGGCCACGAGCCACCAGCAGACGACUCCGGAAAGGGCCCUUCUUGGCCUUUCCCCAUCAUCGCUCCUCAGCCCAUGCUCCCGCACCAGACCGCUGCUGCGCGCCAGGAUCAGCUCUUGCAGAACCUCGUGGGCCAUCGUGGUGACAGUGCCCAGCGUGGGGACCCGCUUGCCGUUCGAAACAACAGCAACACGGAGUUUUUGAUGAACCUCAUGCGUAGUCAACCGGAAGCUCCCCGCACGGAGCAGAUGAUGCUCCGGAUGCCUCAGCCUCAAAAGUCGGCACCCAUCCCCCAUGUCGCUGAACGGGACCCCGAAUUCCGGCCAAUGAUUCCUCCUCCCGGUCUCCCCGGUGGCAUCUCUAGGAACAUGCCUUUGCCCCCUGGCAUGUAUCCGCCCAGCUUCCCUCCCGGCGGACCUGGGUUCCCUGGCCCCGAGGCAAUGGGUGGUAUGCCCCCGAGGAACAUGCAGCCUCCUCCCGGUAUCUUUGGUGCCCCUCCACCGGGCUUCUUUCCCCCGCCUGGUGUAGGUGGAUUCCAGGGAGGUCCCCCGGCUGAUGUCCACGGCUUUGGCGGCCCUGGCGGGCUUGCCGGCCACUUUGACGCCAGGGGCAUGCCCUCCGGGAGUGCCUCGGGGCGCAUUUCCCCGACCUUAAAUCGCCGUUCGAAGCGGAGGCACAAGCCCAUUGUGCCGGCCGCUUUGAGGCGGGGUUUGCCCGUCUUCGAUCCCCUCCACUCUUGGCUACUAAUCUUCACACUCUUUUUCCUUCUACCCGAAAGCGAGCUGUCUUAG